UUCUAUAUAUUGUCCGUGGUAGUACAUAAAAUUUACAAUAACAGUGUCAUCUCUGAAUUUAACAAAGUAGUUAACAAUAAGAAGUGAUAUCGAUGAACGAUGUCGCUAAAUCUCUCCGGAACUAACAGUCCUUAAUAAUUCCAUCUUGAAAAAUAUUUCCCCUAGCAAAUAAAAUAUCUCAUUACUUCCUAUAUUUUAAACAAUCACCUUGUUUCCCAGCAUAUUUUUCAUAAGAUAGAGCUAAAGAGAGAGUUCGAAAUGAAACCCAUGUUUUUGGAAACGUCAUUGAGAUGAUUGUUUAUCCACCAUUUUGUUUUGCUGUCGUCCUCACAGUUUUUCUUGGCACCGUGGCCUAUUUUACAAUGAAGUAAAUUGAUUCUAAUUUGGAAAAAUCAUCGAAUCCGACAAUAUUCUGUGCCUGGAGAAGAAAUUGUUCGCGACGGAUUUGAGUCAGUUUCACUUUUUUAACAAAUGUUCUCAUUAUGAAGAUUCGUGAAAUCUCUCCUAGAGUUCCGACCCAACUUUCCUGACUUUUUUGAUCAAAUGGCGAUUACUAGAUAAAACGAACCGUUUUUACGUCAUUUAUCACAAUGUCGGGUCAGAGUGGAGGGCAUCGUCUAAGGUUGUCCAAACUCAACGACCAGCUGACGUGUAAAUUGUGUGGUGGAUAUUUUAUCGAUGCCACUACUAUUAUUGAGUGUUUACAUUCGUUUUGCAGGAGCUGUAUCGUGAAAUAUCUGGAGAACAAUAAGUAUUGUCCAAUAUGCGAGGUACAAGUGCAUAAAAGUAAACCAUUACUCAACAUUCGUCCAGACUACACUUUGCAGGACAUUGUGUAUAAGCUGGUACCUGGAUGUUACCAAAAUGAGAUGCGAUGUAGGAGAGAAUUUUAUUCCAAACAUCCGGAAGCAUAUACUCAAACAACAUCUCCAGAAGCAAGAGGAGAACCGAUUGAAUCGCAUAUAUAUUCACCGGAUGAAUCUCUCAGUUUAUCAUUGGAAUAUUUUAGACCAUCCAGAGAUGUCAAGGAAAUUGCUGUGAAACCUUUUUUAAAGAGGUAUCUUCGUUGCCCUGCAGCAGUGACAAUUUUUCAUCUACAAAAGCUUAUACGAGCUAAGUAUGGAUUAACCGAUGCACACAGGGUAGAUGUAAUGUAUAAAGAAGAACCAUUGUGCAGUAAUUAUACAUUAAUGGAUGUGAUGUACAUUUAUCAUUGGAGGCGGAAAGUGCCAUUGCAUUUAAGUUACAGGAUAUUUGAAUCUUCCGCUAAAAGAAUAAAGCUUUCGGAAGACAAUGUCAAUUAUAAAACAUCCUUAUUUUAUGCUGGAAUCGACCCUAUUGAAUCAAAAGAAGAAGAACCGAUAAAGAGGGAAUGGAAGGAGGUGCAAUUGAAAAUUUCUGAAACUGGUAUAAUGAGUAUUACGGAUAUAACGGAUCAAGAAUUUAAGAAAAAUGCCAGAGUUCAAGACUCUGUGACAAGUGUUGAAACAAUAAAUUCAUCGAUAGUUAAGGGAAGUACUAGUGAAAAUAAUGCAUCUGAGAUUAUUACAAAAAAUGACCACUCUUUAAAUAGACAAAUCGUUGAUGAUUGUAAUAUUUCUUCUAAAUUAAGCGAAUUUGACGAUAAGAAAAAUUCCAAUUCAAUGGAAACUAAAAAAACUCCCGCGAAGGAAGCUGAAAAUAUUGUGAUGUGUAAAAGCGAAGAAGAAACAAAAGAUAAAUUAGAUAAUAAUAAUGUUGCAGAUAAAGUAACUUUACAUACUAAUGUGCAAUUUCGGGAAACGACACAAAGUGUAGUCGAGCCUGAAGUCAGAGGCAAUGUCAUCGAUGACAAAGAUAAAAAAGAGUCGUUAAAAAAUAAUAAUAGCAUUAUUAUUAAAGAAAAGAAUGGAGAAUCUCUUAAACAGUACCGAAAAAAUGAAGUGAAACUUGUAAAUAUGGGAUCAAAGAUUAAUGCUUUAAGCGUAAAGUUACAAUUUCAACCAAAAAUUGGACAAACCAACGCUAGUAAUGCUUCAUCUAAGAAAAUUAUGAAGGAGAAAAAGAUUAUGCCACAACCAUCUAAAAAAAUAGAUACAAAAACAAUUCAAACUUCGAAAUCUAUGGACCCAAAAAGCUCUUUUGAUACUUCAAAAACACAGGCGAUGUCGAAUAAUUGCGGAAUUACUGGAAGUAAAUCAUCGGUUCCCUCCUCUACGAAAACAAUGUCGCAAAAGCCAACAUCUGAGUCUGAGGAAACUCCAGAACCCGUUGCCUCAACUCGCGUAACCACUGCUAUUAGUAGCAAGCCAAAAGAAACAAAAUUAAAUGUAAAAAAUGUGCAAUCAAUUGGUCAGCAUCAAUCGUCCCUUCAAGAACAAAGUACAUCAGAAAAGGAAACACAUUCAUCGGAUCAAACAUCUGUAGAAAUAACGCAAGGUAUGGAGCAAACAAAUACAACUCUUCAAAAAUCACCAUAUACACAAAUCGAAUCGUUGACAAAUAAAAAUACUUCAUCUCUCGAUUUUACCGCAACUGUUGGUAACGGAGUUAACUCUAUUUCCACGUCAACAAGUCAGACUACAUCUACGUUUCCAUAUACGGUUCAGGAUUUAGUGAGUAGCACAAUGUUAAAGAAUUCUCUCAAAAGUCUGGCGACAUCAACAGUUCAGAAAUUAUCCGCCACUACAGUUUCGGAAAACACAGUAACCAUGCCCACAGUAACAGAAAAUCCUACAGCACUUAUUAUGCCUUCCAUGAGCAUUUCUUCUUCUUUGAAGAACAGUUAUGUAAAUUCAGGACUGAACACUUCUAGAGAGUCGCCGCUAAAACCAAACUUGGAGGUAACCGCUGCAUAUUCCGUGCCUCCCUGUCCGGAUGCUAUUCCGAUUUCUUUAAUGAAACCAACGAUUCGCAAGAACGAAUUAAUCACAAAGGGUUCAAAUUUAAAUGACAUUUGUGCUAAAAUCGGGGCUUCUGGCUCGAAAAUUAACGAUAUUUGUGCUAAAAUCGGAGAAAAUUCUAAAGAAAAAAAUAAAACGGAAGCAAGAAGUAAAUGCGACAUUCCAGACUUGUUGAAAAUUGGGAGAAAAUGUAACUCGUCAUCGAUUGCUAUCGAUUCUGUUAAUAAACAACAGCAUCCGAAUAUUUCAAAUGUUUCCGUUUAUGCUUCUAGUAGCAGUGUAAUUGCAACAGAAAGUAAAAAUGUUUACUCGAACGUAAAGGAUAGUCUUCGAGCCACAUCGCUGAUAUCUACUUCUCCAACAGCAACAUCGCAUUCAAUACAAAAGGUUCCUUCUUCUGUCUCUAAAAAACAGAGCCAAGCAGUAGGCUACAAGACUCUUCGCGAUCCUCCAAGAUGUUGGAAUCCUACACUUUCCAAGAACAAUUACGUAGCGGUAAAAAAUCAGACCAAAGAGACGCAAAGCCACUUACAUCAAAUAGCGCUCUCUGAAAGAAGAUCGAUUCAGUCUAAGCCUGCUAAGAUAUUUAAGAUGAGAAAUAUGCCGAGAUAUUUAGGUAAUCCUGCAUCUGGAGUGAAACCGCUGUAUGGAAUCGGUAACGAAAGCAAAGAAAAAGAGCAAUCAACAAUGACAUCAACAACGACCACAAACACUUCUACUAAUUCGAAGAACGGGAAUUUAAGCAUGAUGAAGAUAGAUCCUAAAACUUUAUCUCCUAUUGUGUCUACAAUUAAUUCACCCAUUGUUUCGCCACCUCCAUAUUCUCCUAGUGCGAGAAACUAUUCAAAUCCCUCAUUCUCGAGAGAUAUUUGUAGAAGUACUGGUUCACCGAUAUCUCCUAAAAAUUCUCCAGUAAAUAUGCUUUCAACAAGUCCCUUUAUACCUUCUCCGACACCCAACAUGAAUCCCAGAUUAAUUUAUCCUCAUUUUCCACCUCCAUUUCCAGAUACUCCCAGAUUUCCAAAUCCGUUGAUUCGUCCACCGAUAGGAAUUCCAUCUCCCAGUGCCUUUCACAGUAGCUUGCCUCCUUCGAUUAAUAAAUUAUACCAGCGGUCAAGUUAUAUUCCACAAACUACCGGCUUCAAUCCAGUUUCCCAACCUCCGACAGUUCAGAGAAUACCACCGAGCACUUACUCUACGCCUAAGUCACCUAAAACUACUUCCUUAACAGCAAUCUCCCCUACAUCUUAUGGCUUAACCAAAUCCGAGACACAAAUUGUUGGAACAUCUCUUGAAACCAGUAACAUGCAUCUUCUAGAGAAUGCUCCGCAAGAAGAUCUCAGUGUAUUUAAUUUGUCUAAGACUGGAAAUUUUGGUAAUACGGAGACUGUUAAACCGCCGACAGAAGUAACUCGAAAUUCCAAGUCAUCUGGAUUUCCUUCCAUAUCAAACACUGGACAGGGUAACAACACGAUAAUGACCACGUCUAAAAGCAAGUCAGAAACUUCUCAGUUUGGAGCUGGGUACGAUCAGAGCAAAGAACAAUCGGAGAAAACGCCUGCAAAAUGCGAUGAAGUGAAUUCUUAUAGUCCAAAGGGGCAGAAUUCAGAAAAGAACCGAUCCGAUGAAAUCAGUGACAGUGUAAAUAAAAGAAAAGAGAAAUCCGUCUCUCAGACCAACGGGGGUCUCACCGAUGAAAAUAACGAAGAAACGCCAGUAGAAAAACAAACGGAACAGCAUAAGGAGCAGAAUCAAAUAAAAAUGCCGCAACAAGUACCAGAGAAAGUUGAAAAACAGCAAGAAGAAACCAAUCAUAACGAGAGCGGAAAGAGCGAAGAACACGGGAAAAGAUCUGAAGCUCAAAUUAGCAAAACGGAGGCGUAAUUUCAGUGUUCAGAAAUCAUUUGACAUGUACAUUUUUGUAAAAUUCUAAAGCUUUUGUUAUUAUAUCCUAUCGUAGAUAACAUUUUACUGAGCUCUACUUUGUAUUUCACACUUUUGACAAGUUUUACGUAAUUUACUUGACAAAAGACGAGAGCAUAUUGUUAUUUUAAUUGUUACGAUUUUCGAAUCCCAAAACAUUAAACAUGUUGAAACGACUUUGUAAUUAAUGUAACGUUUUGCGAUUGGAAAUCGUAGCGAUUAAAACUGCAAUUCAUACCCGAGUUUAACGCAAAAGACGGAAGAAACGCGUAAAUACAUUGGAAGUAAUCUGUGACGUAAGAGAACACUAAAAAUUCUUUAGGAAAGAUCCGUUAUUUUGAGUUCGUAUAAAGAAUUGAUGUAGCAUUAUUUGUUUAAUGUCACUUCAUUAUAAUAAUUUCACGAGUCUAUUAAUUUGUAAUAUUUAUAACGAAUAAUUUUGAAGAAAUUCUAUUUCAGUUAACCGGAUAUCAGACCAAAGCCUCGAGAGUUAAAUAAUCUUAUCUUCCAAGUAGAUUUAGUUACAAGGGUUUAUCUUUAUUUGUUGUCGAUUGUUUUUGUUUUCGUGGCCUCUUUUUUUAUAAAGGAAGCAAUUAUAGUCCAACAGUAAAAUGUCCGAGGCCUUAUCACAAUAAUCGUAUAUAUGAAAUAACGUUAAAAGAAUCGAUCAAAAGAGAUCGUUGUUAAAAAAUUUACAAAACGAGAAAAAGUAUUACACACAGUGAUUUCUCUCUUUCCAGCUUGAUUAGUUAACAUUAUCGAUGUAUUAUAUCGCACCGAAUUAUUGAAAGAGCACGCAAGAAUAAAAAAAAAAAAAGAACUCACCUCUGGUUUUGCUAAGUGCCGGAAAGAAAGAAAUAGUUAAUGUAUAGAGAAGUUUUAAUAUUCGACGAUCAUUUUUUUUCUUUUUUUUUUUUAGAUACAUUUACUUGUACAUAAUGUAUAAUGAUUGAAAGAAAUCUAUAUCAUGUAGUAGAUAUAAAAAAAUGAUCGAUUAUUAAUAUAAUUUAACAUGCAUAUUUUUAGGAAGUAAGAACGGUAAUGAUAGUAUUUUUUGUCUAAUACGAGAAAGCAAUUUUUAGAGAGAUCUGAAUGUAGAGCAAAAAACGAUGUAUUUUUAAUAAGUUAUUAGUUGUGUGCGCGCGCGAGGCUCUUUUGUAUACAAGGUGUACCUGAGUGAGUGAGUGAACGACGAGUGAUAAGUGCGUAUGUAUUAUUUCUGUACGGAGAAAAUUUCAAUAUUAUUUCAACUGGAACAGUUUGAAUGAAGUUUUCGAGAUUUUGUUUUAUUUAUCAAAACGUUGAUCGUCGUUUGUUUUCGAAUUUAUGCAAGUGUUGUGCGUAUGUUUGUGUACGCGCGCACAUAAACUCCCGCAUGCGCGCGUGCCGCGUUAUCAAUACAGUAAUACUACGUGAAGUAGGGAAUGUUUUAAUUAUGAAAAUAUAGUUGAUUAUACUUUA